AUGAAUAUUUCAAACACACCUUCCAAGGUUCAUAUCAAUUCUUACCAUGAUGAAAAUAAUGUUCCAACUUCGCGUAAAAGUAACAAACGUACCCUCGGUGACGAUAUGGAUUUAACGCCUUUUAAUAUUUUGUCAAAUGCGCGUAUCCGCAGCCCUUCACAAGCUAGAACUUCGAGUAUACUUCGUAAUACUCCUGGUAAGCCUUUUGGUAGCAAGGAGAAUUUGACACCUUAUUUUGCACAACAAUUCGAGAGUAACAAAAUGUCAAGUAUUACAAAGAGUUCCAAAACUGUGUCCGUUAACGGGUCUCAGACCGCUUAUGAUGAUGAGAUGAUUUCACCGAUGAAAAGGAUCAAGAAUGAAACCGGUCAUAUUAUUAACGUCGAUGCAUAUAAGCAAAGAAUCGAACAACUUGAAGCCGAAUUGAGGAGACAAAUAGAUGAAUAUCAGAAACUUAGAGAAGAAAGUCAGAAAUCUUGUCAGGAAUCGGAAAAGGCACUUGAAAGAACUAAAUAUAUGGCUCUAAGUUACAAGAACGACUUAUAUGGGCCGAUUUACAUCGAUGGUGACUACACGUCUAUCAACAAAUUAUUGAGACGCUUGGUCAGAAUUACAAAUCAAGACGUUGUCAAUAGAUUCAAGGAGGAAACCCUGGUUGAUGGUGAAUUACCCGCGCUUAAUCAGAUCUAUGGAUGGCUUGAAGAAUCAGGAUUCUUGAAAUAUGAAGUUCUCAAAGAAUUCCGUGCCGUGGAGGCGGUCACGUCACUAGACCUGACCUAUACCUUCGAAAAGAUUAGGCAUGAUAUCAUCAAUAAGACAUUCGUUAUUGAUGAUAGCUUGGAAUUUCACAUUAUACAAAAUACUAAUCGAUUGGUGUCCGCGUUUUGCUUGCCAAAUGGCUUCCAAUAUUUAAAAUCUUUGAAGUUGAGUUUCAUGCCGAUUGAAGAUUCUUAUUUUAACAACUUUCGAGGACUUAGAAAUUUGGAUGAGUUGGUCAUUGAAGGUACCGGAAUUGGGAACGAGGCUUUGUCUCAUCUCGUAGCACUAAAAAGUAAUUUGACCUUCUUGAAUAUCACUGGAAAUCAAAAGAUAAAUGAUGAUUCCGUGGUUAUUCUCGUUCUUUUCGAAAAAUUAAUUGUGUUGCUUCUAAAUGACACUUCUAUUUCCAUGCAUGGAAUUCGUAAAUUUGUUUCCGAGACAAAAAGCACCGACCUAUCUCAACUUUCUAUUCCUUCAUCAUGUCGCAAAUAUCUUAUCAAACGAAAUGAAAUCUAUUGUGUUGAACAUAAAGAAGGAAUGAAAGUUGACCCAUCAAAAGUUCAAUUCAUGGACCUUUUAGAGAUUCGACAACAAUUAAUGUUUCAUUACGCGGUAAAUAACCAUAUCAACAUCGUCGGUUCUAAGGAUGAAUUAGAGGACUCAUUGAGAGAGAUUUUAACGCGACGAUAUUAUGAUGCAAAGAUUAUGAUGCUAGCUGGUGGACGUGAUUAA